AAUGAAAGCCAAAAUUUAUAAAGGAAAGAAGGAGAUGAGUUCCUUAUGCCCAACGCAUCUUUUCCCAUUUGCUUCUGCUUCGGACCUUUUUGCUUCGGUUUAGACUUUUUUCAGAUAAGAAUCACUUCUCUCUCCCCCAAAUUUCUUUCAAGAACCCCUCUUCCUCUUCUUCUUCUUCUUCUUCUUCUUCUUCCUGCUCCUUCAAUCUGGCUAUUCAACACCACCAUUCAAGUCUCCCUCAAAUCAAUCCAACUCUCAUGGGUCUCGCCGGAAGUCCUGUAGAUGAAGAUAACAGAUGGCCUCCAUGGCUUAAACCUUUACUCCGUGAAAGCUUCUUUGUUCAAUGCAAGUUUCAUGCUGAUUCUCAUAAAAGCGAAUGUAAUAUGUAUUGUUUGGAUUGCAUGAAUGGCGCUCUCUGUUCUCUCUGUCUCGCUUUUCACAAAGACCAUCGUGCUAUUCAGAUUAGAAGAUCUUCAUAUCAUGAUGUGAUAAGGGUAUCUGAGAUUCAGAAAGUUCUGGACAUAACCGGAGUUCAAACCUACAUUAUCAACAGCGCGAGAGUUGUUUUCUUGAAUGAGCGGCCACAGCCUAGGCCUGGGAAAGGGGUAACGAACACGUGUGAAGUAUGUGAACGGAGUCUUCUCGAUUCGUUUCGAUUCUGUUCUCUUGGAUGUAAGAUUGUUGGAACAUCAAAGAACUAUGAGAAGAAACGAAGAGUGAUGGGAUCGGAUUCAGAGGAUUCAUCGUACAGUAGUAAUAGCAGUCAAGGAAGAAUAAUGAAGAACAGCAAUAAGAACAGAGUCGUGCAGAGUUUUACACCGUCGACGCCACCGCCAACGCUGGUUAGUUACAGAACAGCUAAACGAAGGAAGGGAAUUCCUCACAGAGCUCCAAUGGGAGGCCUUAUUAUCGAAUAUUGAAAAAGAAAAAAAAGGAAAAAAAAUCUUUCUUUUUCUUUUUUUACUUGAUAAAAAUUACCCUUUUCUCUCUAAUUUGAAUACAGAGAUAUGAUGAUAAAUGUAGUUUUCAAACGAGAGCUCCCAUGGCGUUAGGAGGGGCUUUCAUUAUUGUCUUGUUAAAGUUCAAUGUGAAUAUUGGGUUGGAAAAUAGAAAUGGAGGAGGAGGAGGAGGAGGAGGAGGAGGAGGAAUGGGGGUGAAUGUGGAAAUAGUGGAAAGAUGGUGGACUUGGGAGAAAAUUUAAAAAAAGAAGAAGAAGAAGAAGAAGAAGGAUUUGACUAGUGUUCUAUAGAUGAUAAUUAUAUGAAAUAGGACGCUUUAUACGUGAGUUUUGGGUUUAUAGAUGUGGAUAUUGUUUGUUCUUUCUUUUUUUCUCUUUUUUUUUCUUAUAUAUAUAUGAAUAUAGUUCUCCCU